ACGUGGCCCGGGAGCGGCGGCGGGAGGCGCGCGGAGGAAGGUUGCGCUGUUUCUACCAAAGAUCUUUGGUUUCUACCCAGGAAGCGCCCGAUACCGUAUUGUAUCACGGAGGAAAUGUGACUGGAUGGUCAUGUUCAUCAACUCUGCAUAAGAAACUAGUCAUGGUGGAUGUUAGAAAGUGGCCAGUGUUCAACUUACUUUCUCCACAAGAACUCAAAUCAAUUCAGCAAGCCUGUGUUUUUGGUACGACAGCUACUGAGGCUAUCUAUGUAACAAAGGAUAACGAUGUAUUUGCACUUGGGGUAAAUUGCAGUAACUGCUUAGGAAUCGGAGAUGGCCAAAGUAUAGCAGUACCAAAGAAAAUUGAUGCUUUGUGUGGGAAGAAGAUAAUAUCUCUGAGUUAUGGAAGUGGACCACAUAUUUUACUCGCUACUCAAGACGGAGAGACCUAUUCGUGGGGUCUCAACAGCAGUUGCCAGCUGGGAAAUGGAACAACUGGUCCUGCCUCAUUGCCUUUCCUCGUUUCCAGCAUGUUUUGUGCUAAGAAAGCAGUCGAGGUGGCUUGUGGCUUCAGUCAUUCUAUGGUUCUCACAUCGGAUGGAGAGGUUUAUUCUUGGGGCUCCAACAACUGUGGGCAAGUCGGAUCAGGAUCGACUACAACUCAGGCAACACCACGUAGAGUAAUACACGGUCUAGAGAACAGGAUGAUUGUCACCAUAUCUUGUGGUCAAGUAUUCUCCGUGGCUGUAACAGACAAUGGAGAGGUGUUUGGUUGGGGUAACAAUGGCAACGGCCAACUGGGAUCAGGGUUCAACGGCAACCACCUUAUUCCUUACAGGUUGAUCGCAUUACAAGGAAUCUGCAUCCUACAGAUCACCUGUGGUUAUGCUCACACGCUCGCACUAACAGAUGAGGGCUUGCUUUAUGCCUGGGGUGCUAAUACGGUUGGGCAGCUGGGUUUUGGAAGUAGAUCUAACCAGAUGGUCCCGGUGCUGAUCACGUUGGAGAAAGAAAGGAUUGUGGAGAUUGCAACCUGUCAUUCCACCAGUAUCUCGGCUGCUAAAACCCAGAGUGACCAAGUGUACAUGUGGGGCCAAUGCCGUGGGCAAUCGGUCACCGUACCAUGCCUCACACAUUUCUCCUACACAGACGAUGUGUUUGCUUGCUUUGCGUCUCCUGCAGUUACGUGGCGCCUCCUGUCGAUAGAACAGGAUGAUCACCCAACAGUAGCCCAGUCUUUGCACAGGGAGUUUGACAGUUUGGAAACAUCUGAUUUAAAGUUUUGCGUGGAAGGAAAAUUAAUCCAUGUUCAUAAAGCUAUUCUAAAAAUCAGGUGUGAACAUUUCCGAAGUAUGUUCCAGUCCUACUGGAGUGAAGAUGAGAAAGAGGUGAUUGAAAUCGACCAGUUUAGCUACCCAGUUUACCGUGCCUUCCUAGAGUACCUGUACACAGACUCUGUCAACCUACCUCCCGAGGACGCAGUAGGGCUUCUGGAUCUGGCUACAUCUUACUGUGAAGAAACCGUGAAGAAGCUGUGCCAGGAUAUAAUCAAGAGAGAUAUUACUAUGGAGAACGCAUUUUUGUUGCUGUCAGCAGCUGUCCGAUACGAUGCUAAGGAUUUGGAAGAGUUUUGCUUCAAAUUUUGUGUGAAUCAUUUGACUGCUGUGAUCAACACUGAUGCAUUUUGGCAAAUGGAUGGAGAUCUCUUGAAAGAUUUUUUUGGAAAGGCAAGCAAAUGUGGAGCCUUCAGAAACUGAGUUUGCUGGAUCACUGCCAUCAUUGCUAGAUUUGCCAGUCCUUGCUCAGUUCAUUGAUACCUGAAGGCAACCUUUCGACACAGAAUGAGAUCCCUCCUCAGUGAUACUCUGAUGCACCUCUCUCAAUUGGGCUUCUUGAAUGCCUCCCGGACUAUCUCCACCGAGCAUGGAUAAUGACCAAUCUGUUCCACAGAGAAGAGAAGGAUUAAAGGCGAGGAGCAUAUGAACAAGAUACUCUGUAGAAUCAAACUCAAGGAUGUCAUGGAGGAUUUGUCAAAGCAAAAAUCAUUUAUCAUUUAUUCUUAGACGAAUGACUUGAAUGUGGAAACUCUAAAUAUUUCAAAUCAGGGUAGUUUUAAUCUUAAUAAUCAGACUGACAGUAUUGGCUCUACGGUAGUACUCUUGCCUGUAACUCAGAAGAUUGAGAGUUCAAGGCUGAGUCCUAUAAUGUGAUUACAUUGUUAGACUGGUAAUGGGGUAAUGUGGCACUGCUGAUUGUGCUCCCUUUGGUUGAAAUGGUUCUAAUCCAGUUUUUCAGGUUUACGUAAUAAAUCCCAUACAACUA